CACCGUGCAACAACGUGACCUUCCCCUAAUUUUGACAAGCAUGGACGCUGAGAGGAGUCUAGUCAAGUCGGAGGAUAUUUCAAGGCAUUUUGUAGGUUUUCAUUUGCUUUUGUGAACGUUCUGUAAAAUGGAAAUAAAACAGCGAAUCUUCAGUAAGUUAUUUUCUGUCAUUUAAGUGAUUCCAGCCACAGUUGCAGUCUGUGUUCCGUAGAUUCAGUUCUCAGCUGAUUAAAGUCGCAUGUCGCUAUGUUUCGGCUGGUCACGCACCGCAGUCUCCACGAACUCUACAGAUGCAGACAGUUUGUUUCAUCCCGUGUCACAAAAAAACAGCUCGUAACUUUCCACCGCACAGUGUGUCGUCACAGAACUUUUACCCCGGUCCUGGCUCGCCCGUUCAGCCCUGGGAGCCCACUGAGGGAAGAUGCCCUCCAGGCUAAAGGAGACAAGAGUGCGGAGGUGGAGACAGUAGAUUUGGACAAAUGGAAAUCUGUAAUGAGAUCAAAAGCUGUACCAGAAGAGACGCAGCAAGUCAACAUUGACGAGGAAGCAAGUGAUGAUGAUGAUGAUGGAGACCUCACAGAACCUGAAGGCGACUUAAAGGGCCGCUCUCUUCUGGAGGCAACCAGGGAUCUUGUUGUAAUGUGGCAGCAAGCUGGGAAGCUCGUACCUCAUGAGAUGAGCGAUGAGCAGCUUGAGGAGCUGUCAAAGCUCACCACUAAGUCCGCCAGAAAGAAGUUCCUGAAGUACCUGGCCCUCAAGGAGGGCAUCAAAAGUGCCCGCAAGGAGAAGCAGCAGCGGAAAAAGGCAGAGAGGGAAGCCAUACUGGAGCAAAUGAAACAAGAGGGCGGCAAUGUGGAGAUGAAAAACACGUUUCUCCUCCAGUACUGGAACCGCUCCCUGGACAAGCUUCUGGCCUGGAGGAGCGCCCAGGCCAUGCUGUUCAAUCAGCCGCUUGUUUUUGACAUGAGCUACGACUCCAGUAUGUCCAAGCGGGAGCUGGAGAACACGGUGGCCCAAUUGAUGGAGGUGGAAGCGUGGAACCGGCGUGCUACUGACCCCUUCCACCUCCACUUUUGCAACCUGGAGCCAGGUGGGGCCUACGAGAAGGAGCUGGUCAAACGAUACAGUGCAGAGACCUGGGACAAACUGUUUAUUACCAGCACUGACCGCCAGCACGUGGAUGUGUUCCCCUGUGAAAGGCUUGUGUACCUCACUGCAGACUCCCCCAAUAUCCUCCACAACUUUGACCACUCCAAGGUCUACAUCAUUGGAUCUCUGGUGGACAGGUCCAUUCAGUCGGGCUUGUCUCUGGCCAAUGCAAAGCGUCUGAAGCUGGCCACAGCUCGCUUACCGCUGGACCAGUUCCUCCAUUGGGAGAUGGGAGCCAAAAAUCUGACUCUGGACCAGAUGAUCCGCAUCCUGCUCACUGUCAAGGAGACGGGGAAAUGGGAGGAGGCGUUGAAGUUUGUUCCUCAGAGAAAGCAUGACGGCUUCCUGAAAAUGCGAAACCAGAGAGAUGCCUUUGUGCAAAACAGAGUCGGAGGAGUCGCUAAUAACAGACCAGGAAAAGACAGUGACCGUCUGUUUAAGACUGGGCAAAGAAAUGCUGAAAGGACAUUUAAAAAUGUGGAUCAAAGUCUGUACAGGCUGCACAAUGAGCCCAGGUCACACAGCAGAGACAGUACAGCUGGACUGUUCAGUGACAGAGACAGAAAACCUGCUGGGACCACAGUACGGGUGUCGUUGAAGAGCAAAAUGGUGGCCAAAAAACCUGCAGGCAAAGGCAAAAUGUGGUGGGGUGAUGAAUGAAGUCCGUAAAAAUUGUGACUUGAUUCAAACGCUGAGGAAAUGG